AUGGCCCGUAAGCGCAAGAGCGCUUUGGACACACGCGACAGUUGCCCGCAGGAUCUCAAUGAGAUCCCAUACAUAGGAUGGAUGAACAAGCAGAUUGCCGCUGGUCGCAAGCCCGGCGGCCCUGUACCCGAGGGGAUUCCGUCGCCGGGCGGAACCUCUUUUGAAGCCCCUCGCGAUGUGCCGUCCCGUGGGCGACGUGGUUCUGACAGGGUGGCGUCGUCGCGCACCGUUGAGGACGACACGUUCGUCAACGAGGAUGAAGAGUCCGACUACAACGAGUACGACGUUGGCACGGACGGCGACGACUCUGGUGACGAGGAGGACAAGGGCAUGUUCGAGGACGACGACGACGAGGCUGAGGGCGAGGAUGACGAGGCGCUGGAGGAGGCGCAGCACGAGACACAGGCGGCGCGUCGCGGCCGGCCCAAGACCGCGAGCGGUGUCAAGACAAGGGAGCAGGAGAACGCGAUCUUAGUCGCCGCGCGUUGGUUUACCAAGGACGAGCUUGAGCCGCUCAUCGAGAAGCAAGGCUCUCAGUACUGGGCCCACCUCGUGCUUCACAUCGAGAAGGAGAACCCCGGCUGGGUGUGCAGCUCGAAUGCUGUGCAGAAGCAGUGGUGCAACCUCGUGCGCAUCUACAAGCAGCUGAAGAAGGGAGUGAAGGCGUCGGAGAAGGGUGCGGUGUGCAAGCCUCGUUGGUGGCCGUACAUGGAGCUUUACCAUAAUAACCGAGCGACCGUGGACCCGCACGUAGUGGACGGUGGCGCGCGCUGCCCUGCCGAGCCGCGUGUCGCCCGUGGGCGCUGCCUCUGCCCCGUCGCGCUGCCCUGGGGAGCCGCGCGCGACCCCCGCUGUCCUGUCGCGUUGCCCUGGGGAGCCGCGCUCGGCCCCCGCUGCCCUGUCGCGACGCCCUGGGGAGCCGCGCUCGGCCCCCGCUGCCCUGUCGCGACGUCCUGGGGAGCCGCGCUCGGCCCCCGCUGA